CUAGGUAACUAGAAUAAUCGUUUUCCAUUUUGUAGCCAGUUGGAAAUGUUGCGAUGGUUAGUGAUUCUCGCUAUUAGAAAGAAGUACUUGACUGUUAAUUAAUGUUAGCUGUUGCAAUUCAUGUUCACUUGGUGUGCCAUUAAGAAAGUAACAAAGCAUAACUUAGCUGGCCAUGGCAGAGGAGAUGGACGAGCCUGUUGAUCUACAAGGAGUGGAAGAGGAAGAUGAAUCUGAUGAAGACGAGCUGUUUGAUUGGGCCGAAGAAGAGGAGGAAGAGGAGCAGUUGGAAGACAAUGAGAUAUCUCCACCCAGUGAGGACGCCUUUGAGAUGGACACACCAGCUGAGCGCAGUGGCCAUAUAGCCGUGAUUGAUGGGAUCUAUAUGUUUGUUUGGGGAGGAUACAAGAACACCCAGACUACUGGCUUUUUUGACUUCUACUUGCCAAGGAAUGAAAUAUGGAUUUACAACACUGAGACGGGAAGAUGGAAGAAGCGAAUGACCGAAGGAAACGUUCCCCCCUCCAUGUCGGGCAGCUGUGCCGUGUGUGUGGAGGGCGUCCUCUAUCUGUUUGGAGGUCACCACUCCCGGGGGAACACCAAUCGGUUCUAUCGGUUACCGUUGAGGACACCAGGGGCACUGCGAUGGGAGAAAAUGAGGGAUCUGAAGGGUCUGUCCCCCUCCUCCAAGGACAAGCUGGGCUGCUGGGUGCAUAAGAACAGGCUGGUGUUCUUUGGAGGGUAUGGCUAUGCUGCAGUCGGAUGUCACCUCGGAACCUUUGAAUAUGACGAGACUUCAUUCUGGGCUAACGGUGUCGGACGAGGGUGGAACAACCAUAUCCAUGUCCUGGACCUGGAGACUUUUGUCUGGUCCCAGCCAGUCACAAAGGGCAAUACCCCCUCUCCCCGGGCUGCCCACGCCUGUGCCACCGUAGGAAACCGAGGCUACUUGUUUGGGGGUCGCUACAGGGAGUACCGUCUGAAUGACCUGUACUACAUAAACAUGGAUACCUGGGAAUGGAAUGAAAUCAGCGUCCCUCAGUGUGGUCCAGUGGGCCGAUCCUGGCACUCCUUCAUCCCCGUGUCUCCAGACCAUAUCUUCCUGUUUGGUGGCUUCACCACAGACAAACAAACACUCAGUGAUGCCUGGCUAUUCUGUGUGAGCAGAAACGAGUGGAAGCCCUUCAAGCACAACAACACUGAAAACCCAAGGCUGUGGCACACAGCCUGCGCUGGGCCUGAGGGCGAAGUGUUCGUGUUUGGGGGCUGCGCCAACAACCUACUGUCCCACCAGAGGGCGGCUCACAGCAAUGAAGUACUGGUUUUCAGUGUCCAACCCAAGUCUCUUGCACGGUUCUGCAUGGAGGCAGUGCUGCGGCACAGGGAGCUGCUAGCGGGUUCCUGGAACUCCCUGCCUAAGCACCUGCUGCAGAGCUUGGCCCAGAGGCUCGACGGCAUCAACACGCUGGGGUCCUAGACCCGUCUUCCUGAAUGUGUGUGUGAGCGAGAGUGAAUGAGUGAGUGUGUGUUAGGCUGCCCUGGUACAGGGGAAAUUUCCUGCAACACCCCCCCUCCCUCCCUCCUCCAACAUAAGCUACUUCCUCUCAUUGAAUGUUCUAGCCAGUGGUCUCCAACCCUGGUCCUGGAGAGCUACAGGGUCUGGUGGUUUUUGUUUUCACCUUAAAAGCAGCACCCAAUUGGGAGCCAAGACACCAGGUGAGUUGAGUUAGCCAUGUAAUCAACUGCUCUAACCAGCAGACCCUGUAGCUCUCCAGGAUCAGGGUUGGAGACCACUGUUCUAGCGCAUUCCCUCCUGGCCCACUGGGGUGAAAAUACCCAGCGUUUGAUGAAAACAACUGCCCGUGUACCUGUUGCUCAAUUAGCCGGUGAAUGUAAUGCAAGAGGCUGAUUCGCAGUUGGGGCCAUUUCAGAGGGGGGAAGUCAGAAGAUGGCGGACGCUGUGCAGUACCAGUGUAGCCCAAACCCUGUUUUUCGGCCAGUCCUUCCCCGGGUCUCUUGCAGCUGUCGCGCUUGACCAACGCAGGAAGCCAGCGCUCCGUUUACCUUUGUUAAAUGUCUAGUUUUAUCAAAUGUAUAUUAUAUAAAACUACGUUAACUAUAAAAAUGUAGGUUUGUCGUGUGUAUAUUGCAAAUUGUUUAAAAAAAGUAUAUUUUACAAGAGAGUAGUUUCUGCACUGGUAGCGACAAUUGACGUUUUGAAUUUGUCUACAUUGUAUAGAGGAAAACCAAUGAGAUUUAACUAAUAUUUGAAGGUUUUGCACUAAACUAACUAAAGCAGACAAUACAGUAUGUCACUAUUCAGUUGUACAUUUUAUUUUUCAUCCAGAUAUUCAAACUUUGUCCUAUUUGGUGUACUUUUCCUCCUGCCAUUUUUAAAAUCUUGAACAUAAAAUGUACAAGAUUUUAAAAGGGGUUAGGGUGUAUUCAUUAUAUACAAAAAGAUGCAAGUGUAAAAAUAAGUUUAGAUUUUGCUUAAGUGGGAAAUUGUGGAGAAGGCUCAACUGGAAAAAGAACCAGUUGAUGAGGGGAGCAUCUUGUAAUCUUCAGGUUUAAAUAGUCUGCUAUGAAGCAAUUUCAAGGUACAAUCUCAUAUUGGACAUUAAAGGCAUUUGGAUCAAUUGAGCACAGUUUAGCUCCCAUCAUGUCACUACAACCUUGGUCUUUCCUGUGAAUUGGGAUUUCUUUUCAAAAUUGGCAAUUGGUAGAAAUCCAAGGAUUUGUUUUGUGGUGUUUUGUCCUUUCCCGCUUUCUAACAUUUAGAAGUCUGUGGGGCAGGUUUGCCGCUCAUUUCUUCUUCGCCGCCAGCAGAUUGGGUGCUGAUACCUUUACUUUGCCAGGGAUGUUCCUCGAUAAAUCUGUGUCCUGAAAUAAUAAAAAAAGAAUAUUACUUUUUCAUGA